GUAUAACAAAAAAAAGCAAACUUGACAAAUUAGCAGCCAGUGUUAAGAUGUUGCAACUGCAUUCGGAUGAAUGGAGAAUAAGAGAAUAUUUCGUCAAGAAUGGCAUAUUUUUGAGGAGCUGCUCUCACAUCAGUCUCACUCAGCCGACAGCUUUCAAAGUCGUAAAAGGAUCAGAGUACUGCACAUCAACUGUACAAUGGACAACCAUAGUGUCUCUUAUCAGUCAGACAUUAAAAAUGGUAACCAUAAUAAUAAAAUAAAAUACAAUAAAUAAAAUUGGUCAUAAGGAAUCUUAUUUCUAGCAGCUUAGAGAAAGUGUACCUGUAUUGGCCAUUGCAAAACGCUAUGUGGAACGUCACGUGACCAACCCCGGAAAACGGAAUAGCUGACUUCCUGUGUAUGCUACGCAAACGAGCAUGACUAUGGUUCGAUAACAUGGAUGAUUGUUUGAAGCCGAACUUUCUCACAUUUUGUGUUCUUUAUGGCUGGUGUUUUCGGAUAACAAAUGUUAGACUUUACACCGAUUUUAUCGGCCUUAUCGGUUAUUUCUAAUGUAAGAAUUUGUAUUUAUUUUUUUAAACGAUGUGGCUUCUUUUUCUUCCAUUUUUCUGUAUGUGACCGUCAGUGGAAAAAGACAGGGCAUCCCUGCCCUAUGUCACUGUCCCUCAGGAGAAAGGUGGACAAGAGCUGGAUGAUGGACCCCGAGGUUUCUUUGUUGCUGCACUGUGCAGUCUGGCGAGGCCUACGGCAGUCCCAAGUGCAGGUGGAGCUGUCUGAAAGGUAUAACCGCCAGACUGACGUAGCUCUCCAGCGUCACAUCGAGGAGGUUUGGACGGCGCGAGUGGCAAAGGAGCCUUGGCUUUUCAACGGUGCCAAAUUUCGGCUGCACUCUUUCCAUGCGGCAUCGCCUGCCACUCAACCUUCAGCCUGCACUGUGUCAUUCCAAAACCUGGACUCCAUUGAUAGCCAAACAACUGAUGACAAGGACACCACGCCGCUGCUCACUCUGAGGGUAGGCCUCACUACUUACAAGGACUACCUCGGCACCAACUGGUCGUCCCGAGCGACGGAGCUCCGCAGACGUGGGGAGGCCGAAUUGGGCAGUAGUCAGGCGCUGUUGGCCCAGCCUUUAGGAGUGGGCGCCAUCGUGUGUACAGGUGACGGACAGGUGGUGUUCAUCAGGAGGAGCCAGGAGGUUGCAGAGGCAGGCGGGAAGCUGGACAUUCCCGGCGGGCACCCAGAACCCAAGGUUGUGUGCGAGCGUCUUGGUGAGGCAAAAAUCGACAUGGACCUCCUGCAGAAGAGUUCGGAGGCCGUCAUCGCUGAGCUUUUCUCGUCUGUUUGUGCUGAGAUUAGAGACGAAGUAAACGUUCCUCUGAGUUCCCUCGGUGAGCCACUGCUGAUGGGCGUGGCCUUGAAUCACACGAGUGCCGGAAGACCAAGUGCUGAAUUCUACAUCAGUUGUUCACUGUCAUCUGAUGAAGUCCGAGAGUUGUACUGGAAAGGAGGAGCAGAGGCAGACGAGUCUACGGACAUAGUGUUCCUCAGUCGAGCGGAAACAUUGCAGCUGGACAGAAGCAGUCCACUGUGGUCGGAGCUGUGUCCUUCUGCCAAGGGAGCUGUGUUGCUUUUCCAGAUCGUGAAGCCUGAAAUGUUGUGAUUUUAAUAGUCUGAACUUGUUUAGAAGCACUGAAACUAUGAUUCCACAUUGUACAGUAAAAUAUUUUGAAUAAAAACUUUUGAAAAAGGGCAGUUUUGUUCUUAAAUCUGGUUCGAUUGUUGAAAGCAGCAAUUGUUGAAAAAUCCCCUUGCAUACCAUUAGCUAUCCUGUCAUGUCCAUUUCUUCAUCAGUAGGCCUCGUAGCCGCUGCAGUAAUACACGGCUUGGUCAUGAUAUGGCGCAUUCCACUGAAACGUAAAACGGCAUACAGUAUAAUCAGUUCUGACUGCAUACUCUUAA